AUGAGCAAGGAGGUGGUCCAAGCUACGAAGCAGCGCGGCGUCGCCCUGGAAUUUGCUUCAGAGGAGCUGCCGCAGAAAACCACAGGUGUGAGCCAGAAGCAGCGUAGUCUCGACAAAUCUCUACGCCAUUCUGUAUCGGAUCAUCAAUUCCCCCCAAAAAAGCGGCCUUCAGCAGUCGACUUUACUCCGCCCAGAAUGAAUCCCUACCACAACAUGCAGCUCCAAGACACCGAAUUAAUAGCCGUGUCAAGACGAGCAGUUGCCGCCACGAUGCUGGGCACUUUGGAGGCCAGUGACAACUGCCAGCUGCCCAGUUGGGGCCCAUGUCAAAUCUGA